CGGGUUCGGAUCAGUCGGUUCGACCACGGUUCGUGUCGAUUUCGAAUUCGCAACCCCAAACCCCAACCAAACCCAUCGCAGAGGGUCUUGCAAUUUGCUGGCGGCGAUUUCGAAUUUGGAAGCAGUCGCGCCCGAAACGUCGUCGCGAUCGCAACGAGCGGUAACGGUAAAGCUAAAGCAGAAAACCUAACGGAAAGGGUUUCAAAAAAAGGGGAUACUAAUCGCCAAAAUGGAUCCCGAGUUUGUAAAUAAAUACAAUCAGGUCCUCAGCCGACUGAAGCUCGUGGAGAACUUCGAUGGCAGUGAUCCUGGCAAGUUGCCGCAGUUCCUGCACAAAAUCGAGGCCCUAAUGCCGGCCAUAAAUAGUUUCGAUGAUUACUAUAAAGCCCAACUAAUAGGACACAUCAAGAAUAAGUGCACGGAUCGCGCGAGAGAAGCUGUUUUCACCCGACAAAUGAGUGCUCCGGUGGGCAAUGCCAAUGGAACUGGCAAUGGUCACCUCCUGAAAGCCGAAUCCUGGUUGAAGCUCAAGGAUCAACUGCUAUACAACUACGCGGAGAGGGAAUCCAGCUACUCGCUGAUCCACAAGAUACGCAGUGCCGUUUUGGACUCCAACAUCGAGCUGUACUACCAAAAGAUGGCCAAACUGAAGCACAGACUGAUCAACAGGAAGUUAACCCACAACGAUACACUCUAUAGUCUCGAGGAUAUUGAGAGGAUAACGCUGCAGGUUUUCAGGGAUCACCUGCCAGAGCCCACGCACUCGAUGAUCCUGCGGCGCAAUCCGAAGAGCAUGGAGGAGGCCUAUCGCUACAUUGUGGAGGUGCAACAGCAGUUCUACACACAGAGUGGAUCGCUGGCCAGCGAUCAACAGGCGGCCACUUUCAGUACGAGCCACAAACAGCAAUCCUAUGGAGUGGGAAUGGGUGGAGUGGGAGUGAGCACUGUUGGCUUAGGCGUUGGAAUGGGAGCUGUGGGUCUGGGACUCUCCUCCUAUGCUCGCCAGAUGUCCGACAAGGGUCAGCAGAACAACUCGAAGAGCUACUACAACCAGUCGGCUCCUCCAGUGGGAGCAGGGAAAAACCAUCCGAUGUUCAAGAGCAUCGGCAAUCCCACCUUCAAGUCCAGCUUCAGUUACAAUGGCUCCAGCAGCAACUCGGGCAUGGGAUCCAUGGGCUACUCGAGUGGCAAGAAGGCGGACAUCAAGGCGAACUAUCAGCAGCAGAAGAGCCAGAACUACAGCUCGAAAAGCUCAUCGGCGAGUGCUUGGAAGAAGUAGCAAUAGAUACACGAUCGAACUACGGAUCCACGAUCUACGGUUCCAAUGAGAUAAGCAGACCGAGCAUGACCUAAUCCCUUGGAGCCUGUGACUAAUCCAAGGCAAAGUGCUUGCCACCUCAUGCUAAUUACCCUUAAAACCUCACCCCCUAAUGAUGGUGAUGAUGUGGCUGCAGAUAAUAGGAUGUGAAUAUAGAUUAAUGUAAUGUGAGCAAUACUGAGCCGAUGUGAUGUGCUUUUCCAGAUAAACAUAAAAGAUAUAUCACUCAAAUUAACUAUGAUAAUGGUGUGAAUAUUUAAAUAAACAAAUAAUACAAAUGUUAAUAUUAAUAACAAUGCAACAAUUCCGCGAAUGAUAAUGUAUAAAAUGGCACAUGCAAAUAAUACAAACGAUGUGAAUAUAGAUGAAGAUAAUACAAAUAAUAGAAAGUAAAGGCAUUCGUAUAAUAGAAAGUGUGCAGCUGUUAAUAGUAAUGAGUAACACAAUAAUUAAAAUAAAUAAAAAAGUGAUUUGAAAAGAGAGAUAGUGUUUAAAUAUAUUGUUAUUAAAUAAAUUACAAUUAUUUGAAUAAGAAUCCUUUUUAAUCAGUAACUAAAAGUAUAUGGCAUAAUAGUAUUUAAAAUCGAUGAAGAGUUCAUUGAAAUGAUCUUGUCGAUAUACGAGAUAAUGAAGCCGAUCAAAUUGAAUGCAUGAUGAACAAUAAUGAUGACAUCGAUCGCGUGUCUAUCGAUGAUGAUCGAUCCGCAGACAGUAUGGACAUGUUAAUUAUUAGCUCAUAAGACCCGAGUGUACAUAGCCCCACACACCUCAACCUCAGGCCGAGUAGUCACAUUACCCCCUAUAUCUCCCACGAAUCGCCCAUUUUUAACAACAAUCGCCCACCUUCAAAUUCGUUUUUGUUAACAAUAAAGUGUAAAGUCUAACAGCCUU